CAAUGGUAAGUUGACGUAGCACGGGGCACAGAUGCGUGCCUGUGCAUGUAUGCACAGGGGACGAGUGCAGGCACGCAGGUGCACUCCGCUCCGAGGGGGGGAUAGAGCAGCGAGACAUGGGAGGAGUUCCCUGCGAGUGCUCUCUCCGUCUCGUCGGAGAGACCACUCUCGCGGUGGCAGAGGUGGUCUCUGCUCACCUGAGCGUUUCAGGUGGCAGUCGCCCUGCUGAGUCGUUCAGCGACGGGUUCUCCUCGCGUGAGCGCCGCGAGCGAGCGCGAUUCGCCAGAGAACACGACACGACGACGAUUCCGGAAACUUGAGAGCCCGCAAAUUCGAGACCGAUUGGAGAUGCCGAGCGAAUCCGCGUGUACUACUGGCGAUGCGGCCCGAGAAUCGCGUAUCCAUUCGUUGACGGUCUCCCGAAUUCUCCGUAGAUCGAUGAGGCGUCCACCGUAUCCGUUUUCAUAAAUCCACCCUCGAGACGUUUGACACUCAAAUCUAAUUCUCAGAUGGGAUUAACUCAAUGGGACUAUUUUAACGGAAUAAAAGUUCGAUUAACGAGAUCGUUGUGAAUUAGAUUAGUUUAAUCAGGGAGUAAUUGGAUUGGCUUGAUCGGGAACUAAAUCUGAUUUGACUGGAGGAGCGACCUGCGAUGAAGUUGAUUGAUUCAGUAUAAUUAUCUCGUAUCUCCGCCGAGGCAAACGGACACUUGAAAUUUAUCAAUCUACCAAUCACUUAUGUUAGUUGACUUAAUAAAUUAAGAAGGAUUCUCGAUGUUCAUUGAACUUCCUGAUUCAGAAGUACCGCACAGCGAACCACCGUGUCGCGGAACGUUUCACGAAGGACAACAACGUGGCGCAUCGAUACGAUGAAGUAACCGAGCCCAAGAGCCUCUUUCGUCGGUUGUGACAACUGAUCGUACGUUGCGACGCGUGAAGAUCGAUCCGCAGCGUGAGAAAGAGUGCACGUCCUCGGGCGAUUUCGAGAUCUGCUUUAGUUGCGACGAGCGGUGGAUCUAGGAGAAAAAGGUCGGCGCUCAUUAGGCGGACCAGAACGACGAUCCUCCCCCCCGACACGGUGUGUUUCAUUCACAUUCGCGUGCGUCGACGUGUGCAAAAGCGUUCCGCGAGCGGCGUAUAAAUUUGUCGUGAAAUCGACUCGUCCGACUGCAUUCUGGCGGAAUUAUCAGGGGAUCGCGUAAUACCGAGAGCGACCGCGGGGCCGCAAGAAAAAAAGCGCACGGUUGAAGAACCGAUCGCGGGAAGGGAACCUCCAGCCGUCGUCGUCGUCCGUUUACGACCGAGCCGCGUGCGCGCCAGUUGAUCUAUGAAUGCGUCUCGUCGAAGAUGUAUCAAUGUAUAGGAUAGGGACGGACGUGCGCUGAUCGUGAACUUUGUGAAACGUGAACAAUGUCGUAGAGACGGCGGCGUGAUUUAUUAUAAACGAAAGUAGAGACUCCCGCGCUGAGGAUUUUCCGGGCUUUCUCUGAAGACACCCCUGUGUAGCUUCGUGCUUCACGUGAACUUGCGAAUGUACGAAAAAUAUAACGGAAAUAUGAAUAAGAUCGUAAAUCGAUCCAAGUGUUAAAUACCUUUUAAUUCAAAUUUAAUGUAUAAAAUAUUCGCCGUCGUCGUUAUGCAGAUAAAAUAAAUUAGCAUUUUGUGUUAAUGCAAAAAAAAAGAAGAGUCGCCAAUCUCGAAGAUCUCAAAUGUCUGCGAGACUAGUUCUAGAAAGACUUGUUCGAUUUUGGGUGACCAAGUAAGAGUCGGCGACCAAAAAGAAGAUUAAUUAAUGGGCAUAAGAUUAAGCGGAGAAUAUUCCGAUUGACUCAACCUGAUGAUUAUCGAGCCGAUUUUAACGGUGAAUUAAAAACGAGCGAAAAAAAAUGCGGCCGGCCAUAAAUCUUACAAUGGCGAUGUGACAGCGGAUGCCAACACCGUUAUCGUUGAUAAAUGCGAAUUAUUAUAUCGUCAUAAAUUAGCGUCGCACAACAAAGUCAACAAAUGCCUCUUGUAAAUGCGACUCCGAUCGAUCGCGUGUCGGCAGGAUUUCACGCGCGAAUAAUCAUAACAAGAAUUCCCGAAACGAACGACAUUUCGUUGCGACGGUAUUCGUCAACAUCGUAAUUAUUAAUGCCGUCGGUAUGAAUAUUUUAUGGGAGACAAAUGACGACAUAAACGACGGAAUUUGAUCGAGAAGCGACUCGAGGAUUUUCCCUCGAAUUUACGCGUGAGCGAGAAGAAAAAGAAUAAUCGAGGAUUUAAAGAGCUCCGCGAGUUUCCCUGGAAGAUGGUUUUAUGUGAAAGCUGACGGGUGGAAUGGGCAACGACAAUUCGACUGAAGAGCAGUCGUUAAGAACUUUCCAAGUUUUGCAAAGAUAUCUUUCCCAAGAGCCGCAAAGUCGCAUGCAAAUGAAAUAGCCAAGGACUUUCGACGGGGAGUGCAAUUUCCGCGAGUGUCUCGGGCGAUCAUCGAUAAACAAGUGAAACAUGAUGGGAGAAGUGAUCCGCGUUUCUGGGAGGGCACCGGACGUCGGUGACAUCCUGAAGGAGGCGAUGCUGUCGCAGAGAUUCGCCGAUGUGGCCCUGUGCUGUCCGGGAGGCCAGCGAUUCCUCGCGCAUCGUUUGGUCCUGUCAGCUGCCAGCCCUUACCUUCAGGAAGUGUUGCUGGCGCACAGCAAAGUCACCGCUCACUGCGAGCCGAUCACGGUGAUCCUGGCCGAAGUGGAGGCGCCGGAACUCGCGGCUCUUCUCGGCUUCGUCUACACCGGAAGUGCCACGGUUCCGCGGAUGCGACUGGACGCGUUUCUUCGGGCUGCCGAGGCCCUGCGCAUCCGGCUUCCGCCGGUGCCAGUAAUGACGACCUGCAGCGAGCAGACAACAGACUGCAAGCUGGAGGACGUCAAGGAUGUCAAGGUUAGCCCCAAGUACCUGCAGUGCGACCAGUAUCCUUGGUACCGAUCGAGAAGACUGUCCUACGAAAACCCGUUCGACAGGAAGGAGUCCUACGUCAGGAUAUUUUCCACGGACGAAGCUAACAGAAAUGUGUUCAGGAACAUCGGGGCGCUUCACGAAAUCAACAAUCCUGGCCCGUCGUUCAAUCCAGGUUGUCCGAGCGCGUGGUCAAUCGGCGGUUUCUCGCAUCAGGAUAGAGCAGGUGAUCCUUCCGCGGACAAGAAUCACGGCUCGAUGAUACUAGCUGACAAGAACCCGGUGAUAGCUCCUAGCAACGACUCGUCCUUCAGCGUGUAUCAACGAGGCGCGUGUCUCCCCGGGGGACCGUCCUCGGAAGGAUACGCAGCUCCGGAUACUUUGGAGCGGGUCAGAACGGGAUACGAGAGGCUGCACAUGAGCUGCCCAACGGAGAAGCCGAUGAUGAACGAGGACGUCGUCCUCGCGGGAGGACCGGGAGGACCGGGAGGAGAACCUUGCGGAACGGCGCGGGACGAGUGUCCAUACCAAGGCACGAUACCGUUGUCGUCCUUGCAGUCCUCCGCUGCCUCCGCCGCCGCCGCUACCGCUACCGCCAGUCAGACGACGAGGUCGUUCGAGAUGCUCGAUUACGCCUCGCAGACUUCGGCGGGCGAGGAUCUCAGCUGCGGCGAAAGUUGCUGUAGGUGGAGAACCGCUCGCAGGCACGUGGCGAAUCGCGUCACCGCGUCGCCUUGGCGCCAGAUUGUCAGACCUCAUCAUUCACCAAGGAUGCCACGGCCCAUCCCGGUGCCUGUCCAGCGUCAUGUCGAUGACGAAAUCCAUAAGAAGCCACUGGCUCCGGAGCUGACCCGAUCCACGGUAAUAUCGAUGAGCUCGAAGAGUAUCGUUCAUUCCCCGAGAAGCGCACCGCGAAGCGACGGGCAUUGCCCUACAGCUUUCGAAGUUCCUACCAGUUGCGAGACGAGCUUUGACAACGACUCGAGAUUAUCGCGCGAAAUGAUCGCUAGUCCAGAAGCGAAAAUUCAAGAGAUCUAUCGAUCUCCGGUUCCAUUCGCGCCUUCCGAUCAGAUCGUCCCGCCCACGAACGCGAUCAGAAGCAGCGAACAACCUCUCUUUCCGAACGUCAAUGGUAACGGAUCCACGCAAUCGUCCUCGAGCAACGAAAGCGUUAUCACGAAUGCCGGCAAAAGCGGCGGAUAUCCGACGCAAGUGGUUCCGCCGGCACCGACGAAACCCGAACUAUCGCAUCCGAUCAGCAGACUCUGCGACACGGUCGAGAUCGACGAGAGGAAGGAGACGCCGAAGACGGAGAUAGCGAGCGCGGAGAAAGCGAGCGCGGAGAAGAGCGAGGAAGAGCGGGUCGCGAGGAUUUUUGUUAACAGCGACAACAACAAUAACAACGAGACGAUCGUGAGCACUGAGGUGGCGCAGCGCGGACGAACGGUGGAAGACCACAAGUGCGAUCAGUGCGGAAAGACUUUCGUCACGAGAGCGUCGCUCAAGGUGCACAGCCGAACGCACUCCGGUGAAAAGCCGUUCCGCUGCGCCGACUGCGGCAAGCAGUUUUCGCAGCUGCGCAAUUACAAGUACCAUCGCAGCGUGCACGAGGGCACGCGGGAGUUCGCCGCCACUUGUCCGGAAUGCGGCAAGUACUUCAACGACCGCGGCUACCUGAGCUCGCACAUGAAGAUUCAUCGGAACCGCAAAGAGUACGGCUGCGCGGAAUGCGGGAAGAGCUUCAAUCAGCGAGUGGCCUACAACAUGCACGUGCGCAUACACACGGGCGUAAAGCCGCACCAGUGCGAUCAGUGCGGAAAGGCGUUCUCGCGGAAGAUGCUGCUCAAGCAGCACCUGAGGACCCAUUCCGGCGAACGGCCGUACCAGUGUCAGGUCUGCCAGAAAGCGUUCGCCGACCGUUCCAACAUGACCCUACACACUAGACUACACUCCGGCCUGAAACCCUACCAAUGCACCCUGUGCUCGAAGGCUUUCACCAAGAAGCAUCACCUCAAGACUCACCUCAACUAUCACACCGGUACCAAGCCGUACUCCUGCACUAAUUGCGGCGGCAGGUUCUCGCAGAGCAGCAACAUGAGAACCCACUUCAAAAAGUGCAUCGUCAACAACACCGCGGGAAUGACGGUCAAGUCCGGUGAUGAAGCUAGCACCGAUCGCAUCGACGCCGACAGCGGUAUGGCGCCGCAGGUGGCCCUCACUCCGCCCAAUUCUGAUCAGGAGUCCAGUAUUCUGACACCGAUUUCGAAGAAAGCUGUCGCGAUAGAGAGCAACACAUAG